UUUUGUUAAUAAAUUUAUUUAUAUCCAUAUAAGAUGGCUCAUUUUAAACUCAAAAUAGAACUCAAUAAACGUGUGAUAAUAAGACAGUUAAUCUACAUCUUACCAUUUUGCAUAAUAAUUAUUAAUAGAGGCAUUUAGUUAAAGCAAAGAUAUGAUAAGCUUGAAAUAUAUUGAUGUAAUUACUAUUUCUAGCAAGUUGAUAUGAUCUUCUAGUAGAACUAUGAGUUGGUUGUUUGAAUUUGUAAAUUUUAAUGCCAUGGAAUCAUUAAUUUUCCAUAUUUGGAGGAUUUUGUAUUUAUAACAUUGUCUAUUUAAAAGAUAAUAUUCUCUUCAUUCUUUCAUCAAGUUAAUUUCAUUUCAAGAACAUAAACAUAAGUAUAGAGAGACAAAAUGGAUAUUUUUGCGAUGAAAAAGCCAUCUUCUUUUGAGGCUUCUAGCAUAUCGGCAACCUCAGAAGAAUCUCAUGAAGUUGUCACAAACACUAAGAAAACAAAAGAAGAAGUUGUGGAAGGCUCGCAAUUGAAGCCAUAUGAUGUAUCAUCUGUUGGUGUACGUCUUGAUCUCAAAGAUCAUGAUGGUUACAACAACAACAUAAAUACUAAUUGUUCAAAUCAUGAACUCAAUCUUUUUAGUUCUACUCCGGCUCAUGCUAGUGAGUCUUCCAACGAGGCAAAGCCCAAGCAGAGGCGUUCCUCGGAUGCUAAGACUUUCUCUUGUAACUUCUGUAAGAGAGAAUUCUCCACUUCCCAAGCCUUAGGGGGACACCAAAAUGCUCAUAAACAAGAGAGGGCAUUGGCUAAAAGGAGAAACGGUCUUGUUGAUGUUGUUUCACCUUUUGUCCCUCACAAUUAUCAUCCCUACUACAAUCCCUACUCAAAUUUCAACGCGCGCAUACCAUUUCAUGGUUCUUUUGCUUCUCGAUCAUCGCUUGGUGUUCAAGGAGAUUCUCCUGCUAUUCUUAAGCCUACUUCCUAUCAGAAAUGGCCAUUUUUUUCCAGCUACAAUUUUCCAUUUAACCCUGAGAAGUGGUCAUCGUCAUCAUCAAGUUCAUCAUUUUUUAGGACAGAAAAUCUCCAAGAAAAUUAUAACAUGGGUAAGAUUGGAACAGGAAGUGCUUCUUUGGAGAAUUCCCCUUAUUUUGAGAACAAAAAAAGUGGAAAGGGUUUCAAUUUAGUGAAUUCACCUAUCGAUGUUGAUAAUCUGGAUGGAAAAAAUUAUACGAAAAUGAAAUUAGGAGAGGAGGAAGAAGAAAAGAAUAAUGAAGAAGAAGAGCUUGAUUUGAAUCUAAAGCUUUAA